AUGGGUAGUAGCGCAUCGACUACUGCUACUAACUCGAAAACUCUUAAAGACGAUGAUCCAUUGUUUAAAUACAAGAAUGGCCGAAGAUUUCUUAAAAAUGCAAGCAUAUUUUAUUUUUUACCACUCGAUGAACUUGAAUCUGACAGGAUGCAAUUAAGGCACGACGUAGAUUGGCAUAUUUGGAGAUCAAAUUUUUCUUCACCUAUAGAAACAACCUUAACACUUGGAGGAAUUCAAGUUCUCGAUGUUGCAUGCGGAUCUGGUCUUUGGGCAUUUGAAAUGGCAUCUGAUUAUCCUCUUUCGGAAUUUACUGGUGUUGACAUAGCGCCAAUUUUUCCAUCUGAUGUCAUGCCUCCAAAUGUAACUUUUAAGCAAUGUGAUAUAUUGGAAGGAUUGCCAUACAGUGAUUGUUCAUUUUAUUAUAUACACGUUAAGGAUCUAUUCCAUCACAUUCCAUUAAAAAUCAUUAGGGAACAAUUAUUUCCCGUUCGCAUAUUGAAACCUGGUGGAUGGAUCGAGAUUCAAGAUCGUGACCCAAAUAUGAUAAAUGCUGGUCCUAUUUGUAAACGCCUUGAAGACAUGUUGUCUUUAAGUUUUUUAAACCAUGGUAUACACAUUAAAAACCAUUAUGAUGAUAUGGAAAACAUAUUCGAAAAAAAUAAUCUAAUCAAAUAUCGUCUUGAAAGAAGAACUGUUGCAUAUGCCGAUCUUGAUUUG